AUGGUGUCUGUCUCGAGUCCCACGUCGAAUUCGUGCAAUCUAUUGGUUGACAUUCCAACCGCCGCGUAUGACUCGUUUCGCGCCGCUUCCCCCGACCCAGAAGCUUCUUCUUAUGCCGAACCGCCAUUUACCAAAGCUUCCUCAGGCACUUCCUCACCGCUGCUUACCAAGCCUAGCUGGCUGGUCAAGGUCCGCGGCGCGCUCACCCCGCGCGAGUGGAUAACCGUCGGAUGCCUCGCCGCCGCGAUCUGCGCGCUGCACGUUAUUGGCUGGGGCACGCUGAUCGUGUUCGUGGUUCCCGGGCAUUACGCCUUGGCAGGCGGGGGCGGCACGUUCGGCGUGGGUCUGGGAGUGACGGCGUACAUGCUGGGGAUGCGGCACGCGUUCGACGCGGAUCACAUUGCAGCGAUUGACAACACGACGCGCAAGUUCCUAGCGGAGGGGAGGAGGACGCUCACUGUGGGGUUCUGGUUUGCCCUCGGCCACUCCUCCGUUGUCUUCCUCGCUGCGCUCAUCAUCGCUGUGGGCUUUAAGGCCUUUGCAGGAGAGGUGGAAUCGGAGGAGUCACAGCUGCAUGUGAUUCUCGGCCUUGUGGGUGCGCUCGUCUCGAGCCUCUUCCUUCUGCUUAUAGGAGCCAUCAAUCUCCUCGUUUUGAUCCACCUCGUUAAGGUGUUCCGUGCAAUGCGCAAGGGCACAGCCAGAGAAACAGACUUAGAGGACCUGACAUUACAAGGGGGGCUGUUCACCCGCUGCCUGGGACGGGUAGCAGCGCUGAUAAAGCACCCGCCCCAGAUGUACCUGCUGGGGUUCCUCUUUGGGCUCGGCUUUGACACGGCCACGGAGGUGGCUCUGCUCUUCAUGGCUGCUGGCGCUGCUUCCUCUGGCCUCCCUUGGUUUGCGAUCCUCUGCCUUCCGGUCAUCUUUGCUGCUGGUACGCCCACUCUGCCCUGCCUGUAUCCCACUGCCCUGCCUUCAUCCCACAGCCACGGAGGCAUGACCCUAUUAGACACCAUAGACGGAUCGUUCAUGAACUUUGCCUACAGCUGGGCCUUCUCCUUCCCGCUGAGAAAGCUCUUCUUCAAUAUUGUCAUCACCGGCUUGUCCGUUAUGGUGGCGCUGCUUAUAGGGGGGAUAGAGCUUCUGCAGCUGCUCCAUGUCUUGCUCUCCUCGCUCCUCUCCUUUCCUCAUCACCCUGUCCUUUCCCAAUCCCUUUCUCCCAUCCUUUCUCCCAUCCUCGCUCCUAUCCCCACUCCCGUCCCCGCUCCACCCCACCCCCAUUUCCUCUCCUUCCUCCUUCCUCUCACCCUCCUUUCAUCCUAG